AAUGUUGUUGUGUACAGCUGGAAAUAAUGUCCGGGUGAACAUACCAUGUCGGGAAGACGGCAAACUAAAAUGCAACCAUUUAUAUUUAGAGAACGGCAUAUUUUGGACAAAAUGACGAUACAACAGUUGCUAUCCGUAACUUAGUAAGUUAACAGUUAUGAUAUCCUGCAAGUGACUGAAUCUUAGCUUGUUUAAAGCUAUUUGAAAGUUGCCUUACAUGUUAGUUUGUUGAAGUAGCCUACAGAGAUACACCAGGAUACACCUUGCUACCUAGUGAAAAUGAGUCUUCUAACUCGCACUACCGAGGGGUUCAGCUCCACUGAGUACUGGGAACUCUUCUUCAAGAAGAGAGGAGAGACGGCUUUUGACUGGUAUGGAGACAACAACAAACUCUGUGGCAUGCUGCUCAAAUACAUCAAACCUCGGGAUAAGAUCUUGGUGGUGGGCUGUGGUAACUCUGAGCUGAGUGAGCAUCUGUAUGAUGUCGGCUACAGACAUCUGACCAACAUUGACAUCAGUGAGACGGUGGUGAAUCACCUGACCUUCCAGAAGGUGGAUGCCAUACAGAACCCCAAUGAGGACAGAAGCUACCAAGCUACACUGGACAAGGGGACACUGGUUGCCAUUUCCUCCCAGGAGGAGGGGGUUCUAGCUGGGAGGAUACUGGCUGAAGUGGGCUGGGGGUGUGAGGAUGUUGAGUUGUUCGACAGGGAUUAUAACAUCAAAUCAAAUGUAUAUAUAUAUAGCCCUUCUUACAUCAGCUGAUAUCUCAAAGUGCUGUACAGAAACCCAGCCUAAAACCCCAGAAAGCAAGCAAUGCAGGUGUAGAAGCACGGCUUUAACAGGGCUUUAACCAAAGCCAGCAGCCCUGCACAUAGAGUUGCACUCCAGGAGUGUUGUCUGUUAGUAAUAUGUGUCUGCCAUGUACGUGUCCCAUAGCUGAGGGAGUGAAAAGGAUCAAUUGUGUAGGGGCUAAUUUGACCCUCUAUAGCUACUUCCAUUGAACCAGCACGCAUGCAGACUAGAGCGAAGUGCGAUCCCGACACGUACCACGAUAUGUUUGGAGUUUGCGCAAUUUAAUAUAAAAGAAUAGACGCGUGCCUAACUACAUAAAAAGUGCAUUUGUUUGUUUGAUUUCGAGGUGUGACACGUAACAAGUGAAAUCCCUCCCAAAUUAAAUGUUUAACGGCUACUGAGGUUUAUCUUAUUAAACAACAUGGGGAAUGUGUUAAUUUGAA